GCACCUGGCCAGCCAGAAGAGGUGGAGUCUGGCACCACCAUGAACAAGAGGAGCUGUGAUCUGAAGAAGCUAGAGCACCGACUUCUGCUCAGGCUUGCUUGGGUUUGAAUCCUGCUCCCUCCACUUACUAGCAAGGGGGGUUUGCUUUAAGGAAAGAUUUUUCUCUCAGAUGAGAAGAGAUAUAAGAAAUCUUCCUCCCUCCCUGCCUUAAUACGGUGCCAUAUGAGGCCAUGAUUAUUACUACAUCACUUGGAGCUGAGGCAGCCAUUUUGAGAUCCUGAGGGAAGAUGUCAUCAGCCUACUGCUCCACUGCCAGAGGAGAAAGCUGGAAAUACUGGAGUUAUUGGUGACGUCAGCCCUACUCUGACUUCUAACAGGGUGUGGGCGAAAGCCUGCCAUCUCGGCCGGGGACCAGCAGGCGGCGGUCUUCUGUAAGGGGGUCUCUGGCGACCAGUCCCAGCUGCCCAACCCGCCCGAGCCCGGGAGGCGACGCUGGGAGGACAGCGGAGAAAGUCGGGGACAGCCGCUUUUGAAGGAUUGCUUGAGCUUCAUCCGCCCUAAAUCGGAACACCUGCACUAUGGGCGUCUGCAUGACGCAGGUGCAAUCGAGACACGCUCAGUCACCGCGCCCUGCGUCCCUACUUCGGACCUUGAGAAUCCGGGGCGUCGGCUCAAAACUAGGAGCGAAUACGGGCCGCAGCUUCUAAGCCAAACCCGACAGGUGAGGAAAUCCGGACCGGCAAGGGGAGGGGAUUCGACUAGGCUUCACUCCUGGUGGCCACCUACCCUGACGGGGGUGUAGUCUUUAGACCACCCCGCCCCAUGGUGGGCGGGCUGAGCGCGCAGGUCCCGCCUCCUUCAUAUAAGAGUGGUGCGGCACUGCAGCUCCGCAGAUCUCACCGAGACCCGUGACCCCGACUCUACGUGAGACGUACAUCCCAAACUCAUCAUGCGUGAGUGCAUUUCAGUCCAUGUGGGCCAGGCAGGUGUCCAGAUGGGCAAUGCCUGCUGGGAGCUCUACUGCCUGGAACAUGGGAUUCAGCCUGAUGGGCAGAUGCCUAGCGAUAAGACCAUUGGUGGAGGGGAUGACUCCUUCACCACCUUCUUCUGUGAAACUGGAGCUGGAAAACAUGUGCCUCGGGCAGUCUUUGUGGAUCUGGAGCCUACUGUAAUUGAUGAGAUCCGAAAUGGCCCGUACCGCCAGCUCUUCCACCCAGAACAGCUUAUCACUGGGAAGGAAGAUGCAGCCAACAACUAUGCCCGUGGUCACUACACCAUUGGCAAGGAGAUCAUCGACCCAGUGCUGGACCGGAUCCGCAAGCUGUCUGAUCAGUGUACAGGACUCCAGGGCUUUCUGGUGUUCCACAGCUUUGGAGGAGGCACUGGCUCUGGCUUCACCUCUCUGCUGAUGGAACGGCUUUCUGUUGACUAUGGCAAGAAGUCCAAGCUGGAGUUCUCCAUCUACCCAGCCCCACAAGUGUCCACGGCUGUAGUGGAGCCCUAUAACUCCAUCCUGACCACCCAUACCACCCUGGAACACUCGGACUGUGCCUUCAUGGUGGACAACGAGGCCAUUUAUGACAUCUGUCGCCGUAACCUGGAUAUUGAGCGCCCAACCUAUACCAACCUCAACCGCCUCAUCAGCCAAAUUGUCUCCUCCAUCACAGCUUCCUUGCGCUUUGAUGGGGCCCUCAAUGUGGACCUGACAGAGUUCCAGACCAACCUGGUACCCUACCCUCGCAUCCACUUCCCCUUGGCUACCUACGCACCAGUCAUUUCUGCAGAGAAGGCCUACCAUGAGCAGCUGUCAGUGGCAGAGAUCACCAAUGCCUGUUUUGAGCCUGCCAACCAGAUGGUGAAAUGUGACCCUCGGCAUGGCAAGUACAUGGCCUGCUGCCUGCUGUACCGGGGAGAUGUGGUGCCCAAGGAUGUGAACGCUGCCAUCGCUGCCAUCAAGACGAAGCGCAGCAUCCAGUUUGUGGACUGGUGCCCCACAGGCUUCAAGGUCGGUAUCAACUACCAGCCUCCCACCGUGGUGCCUGGGGGCGACCUGGCCAAGGUGCAGCGUGCAGUGUGCAUGCUGAGCAACACAACCGCCAUUGCUGAAGCCUGGGCCCGCCUGGACCACAAGUUUGACUUGAUGUAUGCCAAGAGGGCUUUUGUACACUGGUAUGUGGGUGAGGGAAUGGAGGAGGGGGAGUUCUCCGAGGCUCGAGAGGAUAUGGCUGCCCUGGAGAAAGAUUAUGAGGAAGUAGGCAUCGACUCCUAUGAGGACGAGGAUGAGGGAGAAGAAUAGACAGCUACUUGGAGCCCUGUUCACUGUGUUUAUUGCAAAAUCCUUUCGAAAUAAACAGUCUCCUUGCA